CGACAGUAUCGACUUAGGCCCUUCAGCCUAGUGCCUCUUGGGUUCCCAGGUGGAUUUCACACCCUGCCAUGGGCGCUGUCUCGCAAUGCGUUCCUGGCAGAGCAUCUCUGAGAUUGCCAGAGCUGCGCAGCAGGAGAAGGAGGAUGCCGAGAUGGUCCGCAGGUGUCUACCAGCACGGAUCGAUGCUCUUUUGCCUCAGGAGAUGGCCCUGUGCUUUGAGCAUGAACUAUGGCAGAUGCUCUUGGCCUCCACCCGAGAGUCUAGGCGCGACAGCUGGACGGUGGCCUCUGCCGCCCUCCGCGGUGCGGUGCGCUGCCUCUGGGAAGCGCUGCAGGGCUUCGAGGCGCGCCUCGCCGCGCGGGGCCACGUGGCGCUGCCGGAGGGCGAGGGUGGCAGGCCGGUGGCGCUGCAGGAUCAGCGGCGGAAGGAGCUGCAAGGCCAAUUCAGUGGCGACCUUGCUGAGCUCUUGGCCACGGCCUUGCCCCACAUCGCGCAGGUGGCAGUGGAUGCGCAUGCAGUGGCUGAGGAGGCACAGAAGCACCUGAACUGUGUGCUGGAGGCCUGGGAAGCCGUGUUGACUUGCAAGACUCAGAUCACCGAUUUGUAUAUGGACAACGACGAGCUUUCGAAUAGACGUUUUGAGGAUCUUGUACUGGAUGCUGCAAGGAUCCUUGAAGAACAGGAGGUUGUUCUUGAAGACUGUGACUGGCAAUGUGUGCGCGACUUUCUGUUGGGAGCAUCUACGUGCCCUGAAGUAAAAGAGUCUUGGGAUGCAAUCUUGAAGAGAUUGCAAGCAGACUUCUGUAAGAGUCGAGGCAAAGACCACGACUCCAGUUGGACAAAACUAGCGGAGAGUGUUCUCGAAGAGCUCGAGGGUGUGUCACGCAAGGAGGGAACUGCAGCAGCACAAAUUCAGCGCCUGUGGAGGCGGCAUAAGAACAGGCGGCAGCCUUUGCGGCCUCGAUGUGCAAAUGCUCACGAGAUGUGCCUUUCCCCGUUCCGCUCGGGCAAGGAGAAGCUGGGUUUUCGCACACGCCGGAGUAGUAUGUUCACCCGACGGUCUGCCAGGUGGUCGCAGCCUGGCCUGGAGUGUCAUCGGACCAGCUUGGUCUCAUCUCGUUCUCCAGAAGCACUGAGCAUUUAUUUAUUGUCUGAAGGAGCAAGAGUUUUGAGCUCGGGCCCAACCAUUGAAGCUGUGACGCAGUUCCAUCGAUAUUGCACAGCACUGGACCUUGUCUCAACUGUUGAACUGUCUUCCACAGCUUUUCUUGCAUUUUGGAUGAACAUCCGGAAUUUGGCUGUCGUGGUCGCUUUGCUACAGCUCUACACUCAGCCGGAAGUGAAGCUUCCCAACACACAGGAGGAAUGGACAUCUUGCCUGGCAAGCACAUCCUUAUUUGUACACGGCAGGCCUUUGGGUCCUGCUGAAAUUGAUCACAACGUCCUUGGCUGCCAGUCGUUUCUGCCGAUGCCUUCCCGCGGGAGUUUGCUGUCACUGCAAGACACUGGCCCUGCCAAGCAGGUGAAAGCCUUCAUGCCUUGGCCGAUCUUCGGCUUGUGGCUUCCGAUCCACUUUGGAUCACCCGCACUUGCAGUCUUCCAUUCUGAGACGCUCUUGGAAGAGCUCCGCUCUAGCGCAGAGGACUUCUUGGGUCGUUGCCGUUCGCCAGCUGAUGGCUACGAUGGAAGCGAACAGCACCUGCGCUUACCGCCCAGCUUGCGGUCCUCCAUUGCUCUGUGGCAACCGCUGUUGAAGAGCCGUGGCCCCUUCACGAUGGAAGCCUCCGUGGAAGAGCCGUUGGACUGGACCUUCAAUGCCAAAGCCUUGAAGCUUUCAGAUGGCGCCGAAGUGGAUAGAUCUUGACUUGGUAGAGCCAUGAGAGAGAAAGCACCUGAGAUGGGCAGGUUGGGUAGCAGGCGGUUUGGGCUAGCUGGGAGAGUCAGACGACGCCUCCGGACUCGAUGUCGGUGUGGACCCUGGGUGGGCCUCACCUCACCGAUGGGUCUCAAUCACCCACUGCCACCGAGCACCGAAAGAUAACUCACCGUCACCGGUUCUUCUCGUUCGUCGAAGGGUUGAAGGAGACGAAGGAGCUCAUGGUCUCGCUGAGCAACGGAGAAACACGAACGAUGCAAAAAAGAUCGUAG